AUGUCCAUCCGCCACGAAAUCGACAAAGAGGGAGAUCUCAUUCUUGUGCUCAGCCGACUGGGCAUAGACGAUGCCGAUGUUGCCGAGGAUGGCGAAGACGAUGUAGACGCCGACGCGAAGCCACUGGAAUACGAACAGUUACAGAACAAGGAAGUAAGGGUAUCUUCCAAGGUUCUGAUGCUGAACUCGCCAGUCUUCAAAGUAAUGCUGGGUGGCAAAUUCAAAGAAGGCACAGAACUAGCCAAGAGCAACGGACUUUUACUUCCCUACAGCCUUGAUCUCCCAGAUGACGAUGCCGAGGCCAUGUCUAUACUAAGCCAGAUUCUUCACAACGCCUAUGUUACCGAGAGACCAAAGCCAAUCGGUUUGGCGAGGCUAGCAUCAUCCUCUGCUAAGGCAUGA